AUGAAUACAACUGUCGUUCGGGAAAAUAAUGCUGCAACAAAUCUGUUACUGUCGGGGUUCACAGGUGAGGUAGAUAUCUCGUCCAGUCAGCUGUUGCAAUCAGACGAGAAGAAUAUCCUUUCUGGUCAGACGGCACAAUUGGACGAGGAGGCAACAGGCAUCUCCUCCUUGGCGGUAAACACGUCGCAACGAGGCCGCGGCGAUAAAAACCGUCCCUUCCAGUGUGACCUGUGUGGCAAGGGCUUCAAACGUCGCGCUCACCUCCAGGACCACCAGGUGAGGCACAGCAAGGUCAAGGCCUUUGAGUGCGACGUCUGCCACGCCCGGUUCGGCCUCAAGCACGUCUUACAGGCACACCAGCGUCUGCACUCAGGGGAGAAACCGUUCCGCUGCGAGUUUUGCGGUCUUAGCUUCACUCAGCACGGGACGCUCAUACGGCACCAUCUCACACACACGGGGUUCAAGCGCUUCCGCUGCGACCUGUGCAACAAGCGGUUUGCUUGUAAACGCGACAUGACGUCCCACGCCAUACGGCACCUCGGCGAGCGCGUCUACGGCUGUGAUACGUGCGGCAAGAAGUACACCAACCCCAAGACGCUGGCCUCGCACAAAUACUACGUGCACAGCGCGGAGAGGCGCUACGUUUGCGACACGUGCGGCCUGGCCUUCAAGAUGAAAGGGUCGCUGAUGAACCACAAGUUGCUGCACAGCGGGGAGAAACGGUUCGCCUGCGACGUCUGCGACAAGAGGUUUGCCCGCAAGAAGGACAUGCAGACACACAGGGUGCGACACUCGGGCCUGAAGCUGUUUGCCUGCGAGGUGUGCGGGAAAACGUUCAGCAGCAAGAGCGAGCGGACGGUGCACAGCAAAACCCACACGGCGGAGCGCCUCUAUGUGUGCGCGGUGUGCGGCAAGGACUUCAACCAGAAGCGCAACCUCACCAAGCACCUGCAGCGCCACACGGGCGUCAAGCUGUUCCAGUGUCAGCAGUGCGACAAACGCUUCGCCGCAGACCGAGACCGGCGGGAGCACGAGCUCACGCACACGCGGGACCGGCCGCACGCUUGCGACAUCUGCGGGAAGACGUUCCGGCAGAGGUCGCACCUCAGGGGUCAUCGGCUGACGCACUCGGAUCUGCGGCCCUUUGUGUGCACUGUGUGUAAUAAAGGUUUCACCAUGCGGUGGCGGCUCACCUCGCAUCAGAAGACUCACUUGGGAGGAGGGGGAGGGGGAGCUGGAGCUGGAGGGGGAGCGGGAAGGGGAGCGGGAGCGGGAGGGGGAGCGGGAGGACAGCCACUUGCUGCCCACAACUUGCCGGUGACGUAG